CAAUAUUUGUAAACAGACGCUGGAUGAAUGAAGACAUUCUGUCGGGUGGUAUUCCUCUUGCAGUGAAUUAUGCAAUCCAAAUAAUGUCUUUAGAAUGGUGGCAGAAAAAUGUAAUAUAUCACAUUUAUCUUCCUUCUUUCAAAGAUAGCAACGAUGACGGCAUUGGGGAUAUCCGAGGUUUGCUUUCCAAACUGAAUUACAUAGAAUACCUUAACGUUAAAACUUUAUUGCUGAGUCCUUUUUACCCAUCUCCUAUGAAAGACAAUGGUUAUGAUAUCACAUCUUUCACUGAUGUUGAUCCUAAAUAUGGCAACUUAUCCGAUUUUGAAGACCUUAUGCAGGAAGUAAAGAGACGAGAUUUGAAUAUUAUUGUGGAUUUCGUGGCUAAUCACACUAGCAAUCAACAUCCAUGGUUCACAAAAAGUGUUGCAAAAGUACAACCUUACAGUGAUUUUUAUGUAUGGAGUGAUCCAAAGCCAGGACUUGGAAAAGAUGAAAUUUCACCUCCAAAUAACUGGCUUAGUGUAUUUGGAGGAUCUGCCUGGGCAUGGAAUAAUGAAAGGAAACAGUUUUAUUAUCAUCAAUUCUUACCUGAACAACCUGAUCUUAAUUAUCGUAAUCCAUUAGUCAAGGGGAAAAUGAAGAAAGUUCUGCAAUUUUGGCUUGAAUUGGGUGUAGAUGGUUUUCGUGUAGAUGCAGCUAGUCAUUUUUUUGAAGAUGAAAAUUUUCUUGAUGAACCCAUUGCAGAAGAUUCAACUGCUAAUAGUGAUGAGUAUGAAUAUUUGAACCAUAUCUAUACUAAAGGGCAGAAAGAAAAUCUACAGCUUUUAGCUGAAUGGAGGGAAGUUUUAGAUGACUAUGAAAGGAAAUCUGGAAAAUCAAAGAUAAUGAUGACUGAAGCAAUUGAGGAAAUUAAAGAUGUUAUGCUCUAUUAUGGAACAGCUGAUCAGAGACUUGCUGAUUUUACCUUCAAUUUUCAGUUUUACAAAAUGCAUCCUGGUUCAACAGGAUUAGACCUUUAUUGUGUCAUUGAUGAUUGGCUAAAACACAUGCCAAAGGGAAAGUAUCCAAAUUGGGUGAUGAGUUCUCAUGAUCAUUCUAGAGUGGUAUCAUACCUUGAUAAAACUUUAGCCAGUUCCCUGCAAAUGGUGAUGAUGCUUUUACCUGGAUUGCCUAUUUGUUAUUAUGGUGAUGAAAUAGGAAUGGAAGAUAAUGAAAUAUCUCCAGAAGAUAUCAGAGAUAGUUUUGCUCUUAGAACUGUGCCAUCAAAUUCCCGUGAUCCUAUGAGAACACCAAUGCAGUGGAAUAAAGCUAAAAAUGCUGGCUUUAGUAAUUGUGAAAAGCCUUGGUUACCUGUUAAUGGUAAUUAUGAAAUGGUGAAUGUUGAGGUUGAAAAAGAAGAUCCUUAUUCAUUUUUAGAAAACUUCAGGCAUCUUGUGAAGCUUAGGGAACAGCCGUCUGUUUUGCUUGGAACUUUAGAUAGUCAUCUAGUCAAUGAACAAAUAUUUUCUUUUGUAAGGUUUCUUGUAGGAACUAAAUGCCUUUUACUAGUCUUGAAUAUGAGUUCUACUCCAGUGUCAAUGAAUCUGUCUUGUAGCAAACCAUUACCCAGUGAAGCUUUUCUUGAAGUAACAAAUUCCAAAUUUUAUAUUCAUGAAUCACAGAUGAAAACUUUAAUUUGUGCCAAGAAUAUUUGUGAGGAAGAAAGCUCUUUCUCUGAAGAAAGUGCCUCAAAUGAUGUGUUUCAUAUAGAUAACACUAAAAUUUGCUUGAGGCACAUUCAUUUAAAAGCUAAGGAGGCGUUAGUAGUUUCUUUCCUAGGAAGAGAAAUUUAGAUUUUUAAAAAUUUUUAUUCCAAAGAAUUUUUAAUAGUUUUAGAAAAAUGAUUUAAAUAUAUAUUAAGGACAGUUAGUUUUACAGAAUCAUGAUUAAACAUUGUUAUGUUAGAUAUUUAUUUUUUGUUAAAAUUGUUAAAUAUAUUAUUUAUACAUUAUAUCUGUGAUAUCAUUUAUUAUUCCAUUUAAAAGUAAAUGUAUGUGAUCAUAUAUUAGGAUUUGAUAACUCAUGCACAAUAUGAAAAAAGUUCUAAUGCACAUAACCAUAUGAAACAAGAUUUUGAUUUAUUGGUGUCAUUAAAUUUCAUUUAAAAUCUAGACAAAUUUGAUUCAUGACUGUCUGAAUAUGUAAACAGUAAAUAUUUUUAAGUGCUUUACUUUAAUAAACAUAGCAGUUGCAAUGUACCAGUUUCAAGUUCCUUAUCAUAAUACCUUAUCAUAAUUUUUCAAUGAAGGAUACAUUUUAUGUGAAAUGUUAGAUUUUUAUUUGUAAAAAGGCUGACUGAGUAGUUUGACUGUCUUUAUUUCUUUUUUUGUGAUAUGAGGAACUGCAGUCCUGUGGUGGGUUUUAUGAAAAUUAUACAUUGACAUAUCAACAUGCAUUUAUAUAGGAUGCUUUACUUUCAGAACUGCCGGUCAUAAACCUAUCCUUCAAGUUAUGAAAAGCUUUAAGCAACGUAAAUAUGAUAUUUUGGCAUUUUUUAAUUUAAGGAAAUCAAUUUUGUAAAAAUUAUGAAAUCUUAACUUCUCAUAUAUUCUUUCAGUCAAUGUACUUAUGUUUAGCAAAAUUUUGUACUUGUUAUAAAAAAUAAAAUACAAAAAGUGUG